AUGUCCUCGGCCACCGAAAAGUCGGUCGGCCACGAGCUGGCCAAGGUCCUGCCAGAUGAUGGCAUCCCGUGGUGGAAGAAGCCGCAUUUGAUCAAGCUCAACGGCUGCAUCUUCUUCCUCAUGUUCUUUACGAGCUCUAAUGGGUUUGAUGGCUCCAUCAUGAAUGGCUACCUGGCGCUGCCACAAUGGCGUGCCUUUAUGCACAACCCCCAGGGCGCCUGGCUCGGGUUCAUCAACGCCAUCUACUCCCUCGGUGCGGUCGUCGCCUUCCCCUUGGCAGCCAUGGUCUGCAACCGCUGGGGUCGCAAGAUCGGGCUUUGGCUCAGCAUCCUCGCUGCCUGCGUCGGAACCGCCGUGCAGACCGCAGCCCAGGACGACAAGAGCUUCAUCAUCGCGCGCUUCAUCAUGGGCAUAUCGCAGGGCCUCUCGAUCGGAGCGCCUCUGCUCAUUGCCGAGAACGCAUUCCCGACGCACCGCGGCAUCGCGUCGAGCUGCUACAACUGCGGCUGGUACGUGGGCGCCGUCAUCGCCGCCUGGGCCACCUUUGGCACCCGCAACAUGGAAGGCGAUGCGAGCUGGCGCAUCCCGUCGGGCUUGAUGGCCCUUCUCCCGGUCCUCAUCACGCCCGCGCUCUACUUUAUCGACGAGAGUCCGCGUUGGCUUGUCAGCGUCGGGCGUGCCGAGGAGGCGCGUGCCAACCUGGCCAGGUCGCACGUCGGAGGUGACAUUCACCAUCCGCUCAUCGCCUUUGAGAUGUCUGAGAUCGAGGAGACCAUCAGGGCCGAGCAGGCCGCCAAGGAGACCACGUCCUGGGCCGACCUGUGGGCGACCAAGGGCAACAGGCACCGGCUGUGGAUCACCAUCACGCUCGGCUUCUACGCCCAAUGGGUCGGCAACGGCGUCAUCAGCUACUACCUCGCCCUUGUGCUGCAGAACGUCGGCAUCACCGGCGUCACGGAGCAGACCCUCAUCUCUGCUUGUCUUCAGAUCUGGAACCUGAUCUUUGCCACCUUGGCGGCCUUGUCGGUGGACAGGGUUGGCAGGAAGUUCCUGUUUAUGCUCUCGGGAUCCAUUAUGCUCGUGUCCUACAUUACCAUCACUGGAUUGUCUGGGUCCUUUGCCGAAACGGGCCAUGGGCCGACCGGUCUGGCAGUCGUUCCGUUCCUAUUCAUCUACUUCCUCGGCUACGAUGUCGCAUUGACGCCACUUGUCAUCUCGUACACCGUCGAGAUCUGGCCAUACCAGCUUCGAGCCAGGGGUCUUGCCGUUUGCUCCUCGGUAACCCUGGCCGCCAUCUUCUUCAACACCUUUGUCAACCCCCUCGCACUCGACGCCAUCGGCUGGAAAUACUACUUUGUGUUCCUCGCCAUCCUUAUCAUGAUGAUUGUCGACGUGUGGUUGACCUACCCCGAGACGCGGGGCCGCACGCUCGAGAAUAUUGCUUGGCUGUUUGAUGGCGAGGAAGCCCAUGUCGGCAUCGUCACUGCCGACCAGACACUCAAGAACACCGAGUCGUCCGAGGCCGAGCCCAGGGUUGCCGAGUUUGAGGACGUCAAGUCCCAACAUGGCGCGGAUAGCGAGAAGAAGGUUUGA